UCAUUGUCAUUUCGUCUCCCAGAUGAAACAGUCUGCACUGGCAAUCGAUAUAAAGGCAUGAUAGUUUCAAUCUCGUAAUUAAUCCCAGCCCACCCUGUGCAGUAAUUUUUAUUCUUGUUCGUUUCAUCUGUUGUGCCUAUCGCUAUCAACGUACUUUAGUGUGAUAAGAAGUUUCAGCUAUGUUGCGAAUUAUAUGUCAUUCAGUGCUGGUGUGUAUUUUAGCUCAGUUGUUGAUUUGUGGAGUGGUGAGUGCAGAAAUGCUAGACUUACAGAAAGCGUUUGCCGAACAUGGUGUUGUCCCAGACGUCGUUGAUGUUACUCCAAAAGAGAUUGCUAAAAUUGCCUACCCAAGUGGAGUAUCUGUACAGGGUGGUAAUGAGUUAACUCCGACACAGGUGAAAGAUCAACCUAAAAUCGAGUGGACAUCCGACCCGAACUCUUAUUACACCUUAUUCAUGGUAGAUCCCGAUGCUCCCAACAGAACUGAACCAAAGUUUCGGUCAGUUUGUCAUUGGUUCGUAGGCAACAUACCAGGUGGAAAGAUCGAGGACGGAGAUCAUCGUAUUGCAUUUAUCGGUUCUGGGCCUCCGGAAGGAAGUGGGCUCCAUCGAUAUGUUUUUCUGAUCUACAAACAGAAUGGAAAAAUUGAUCUAUCCGAUGCACCACGGACAUCUAACCGGAGCAGAAAUAAUCGUCUGAAUUUCCAGCACAAAGAUUACGUUACCAAGUACGCUCUGGGAGAAUUGAUUGCAGGAAAUUUUUAUCAAGCACAGUUCGACCAAUACGUACCGACUUUGCAUGCACAGCUUUCAUCCGGUACCGAAUAAAUGCUUAAAAUGUGUCUUGGCAGACGGAGAUUAUUUCAAUACUACUUGAACAUUUUCUAAGCAAUAUCAACAAUUGCAAUCUAAGAGCGUGUUGUUAUUAUCGUAAAUUUUAAAUUUCUACGCUAUUGUUUUAAGUAUAUCAUUUGCGUUAAAAUCUAAGGUGAACUUUCAAUUCGAUGCAUGCAAAAUUAGUUUCGGUUGACUUAUUUCAGAUUACCGAUCAAAAAUAAAAUCACUUAACCUCAAAAAUGUA